AUGUCGGAGCCGAGUGAGCGCAGCGAGAGUCCCACGGGGUCGGAUUCGCAUCUGGACACCCUCGACGACCAACACGACGACAAGGACGGCCGGCCGCCUCCGCGCAAGCGCCAGCGCGUGCGUCUGUCAUGCCUCGAAUGCCGGCGCCGGAAGCUGUCGUGCGACCGCGAGUUUCCCUGCUCGCGCUGCCUGCAGUCUGGCACACCCGAGCGCUGCGAGUAUGAGACCCGGCCCGGCCUAGCCCCGCCGAACAAGCUCGGCCUGCCGCCGACCGCGCUGGCCGGGAUCGACUCCCGGCUUUCUCUUCCGAGCACCGGCGGGGAGUCCCCUUACUUCCGUAAAGAUGUCCGCGAGUCGGAUCGCAUCCGCCGACUCGAGCUCGAGGUCGCUCAGCUGAAGAACCUGCUGGUGAAGCAAGUGUCGCUCGAUGGCAGCACCGUCCAGGACCGGUCGCCCCCGGACCAUCCCAAGUCGGACGCCGAACCGGAGGCGGAGAUUGAAAUCCCACCCUUUCUGCAGACCCAGCAGACCGGUGCCGACCGGGAGGAGCUCCGCUUCUUUCGGGGUAAGGAGUUCAAGACUCGUUAUUUUGGCCCACACAGUGCAUUCCUGGCCUUUCAAGAACUCACCGGGCUAUGUCCCUUUAUGAAAGAGACCUCGGAGGAAUGGCUCCGGCCCCUCCACAUCCACCGGACCAAGGACCGUCGCAAAGGCGCCGAGGACCGGGAACGCAGGUUCCGUGAGCCGGACCUGUCCCUGGAGUCUUUGCUCCCGCCCAAAGAGGAGACGGAUCACCUGGUCAAGAUCUACCUGGACCAAUUUGAGCAAGUUCACCGCAUCGUCCACAUCCCCAGCUUCCGAAGGGACUACGCCAAGUUCUGGCUCCCGUCUGAGACGCGCAACGCGGCCUUCACGGCGCUCGUCCUGGCUAUCAUGGGCAUCUCGAGCUGUCUGGCAGCCCAGCUGCCGCACAAGUUCGAGAAGAUGGUUUCUCACUCGCACGCCAACGCUCUCCGCUGGGUCGAGGCCGUCGACGAGUGGCAAGAACAGCAGAGCCAAAAGCACCGCCGUCUGAUCCACUACCAGAUCGCCUGCCUCAUCUACCUGGCCAAGCGGGUCAACACCAUGAAGAAGAAGCGGUUCUGGCGCAACGCCGGGUCGAUGACGCAGGACGCCGUCUCGGUCGGCCUGCACCGUGAACCCAGCCAUAUGUGCGACAAGAUCUCGCCGUUCAACCAGGAGAUGCGGCGGCGCAUCUGGGCUACCAUCCAGAGCUACGAUCUCCAGGCGUCGUUCGACCACGGCCUGCCCUCGAUUCUCUGUUCAUUGCACUACGACGUCAACCCACCCCGUAAUAUUGACGACGACGAGUUCGACGAAGACGUCAAGGAGCUUCCCCCGUCUCGCCCCUCAACCGAGUACACCUUUUCGUCCUACCAACACAUCAGCCGCCAUAGUCUGCCACUCCGCCUAGAACUCAGCCGGGUGUUGACGGGACCGCCAGAAGACCUCGACUACGACCGCGUGAUCCGCUACACCAACGAGAUCAACCAGGAGAUCGACUCCCUCCCCUCCUGGGACGUGGGCGACUCUUCGGCUUCCUCCCAGGACACGGUGCUCAAGAAGCCCCUGCUCGCCUACACCCUCCUGCACAUCCAACUCCGGCAGUACAUCAUCCCGCUUCACCAGCCGUUCCUCCGCCUGCGCAAGGCCAACUCCAAGUACCAAUACUCGGAAAUCAUCUAUUACAACGCGGCGCGCGACAUGGUCCUCCUCAACGACCGGCUCGCCCAGCAGGGGAUCCGCACCCUCAACUUCCUGCGCGAAGACAGCCUGACGCUCGCCAUCAACCUCAGCAGUGUCACCAUGCUGCAGCCGCGCGGCAGCACCAACAUGAUCAUGAUCAACUCCCAGCACACCCUGCAGCUGCUCGAGCGCUGCCUCGCCAUGAAGGAAGACCGCAUCCUCCGCUGCGGGAACAACGAGCCGUGGGGGUACAGCAUCAUGUGUGCCGCGUUCGGGCUGCUCGAAGCGCAUCUGGGGACCAAGACCCCCGAGGCUGCGAAGGCGGCGAGCGCGGAGCGGUUCGUCCAUUUGCAUUGGAAGUUACUGGCUGGGCAGGAUCCGCCGAUGGGGAGUCAGCAGAGUUCUGCGGGGGGCAAUCCAGGUGCUCCGGGACCGUGUUGUGGUACGGCGCCAAGUUCGUCGAACCCGGCUGCGAGUGCAAGCGGGAGUGCGAACGCAAACGCAGGACCGGGAGGUACAGCUGCUGGCGCUGGGAGCGGAGCAGGAGGGCCGGGGGACCAAGGACGGGUCAUCCCCGGCACGCCGUUUGCGACGGGGAUGGGGGCGUAUGCUGCGGGUGUACCGCCGUCGUCGGCAGAAGCGUUUAUCCGGUCAAAGUCCGUCACCCCCUUUGCGCCGUCGUCCUCGCAGCAGGGCGGCCAGAUCGAGGUCCCCGGUACUCCAUGGUGGCUUCCCAACACGGCGGACCAGAACGCCAUACCACAGAUGCCGCCUCUAAACGCAGACUUUUACAACCUUGAGACGCUGGGGUUCAACUUGAAUGAGCUUUGGGGGAGUGGGACGUUUGAUUGGGAUGCUAUGAUGUCGUAG